AUGAUCAUUGAUGGAUGGAUGUUUUAUUACGCCCGGAGUCAGGCUGCGAUUCAGGCGAUCGAUGGUGCUCAAAAGACAGGCCAACAGAUCUUAGGAAGCAUUGCGGAAAAAUGGGACGAGCUCAGGAGCCAGGGUGUCCAGGUGACUAUCCACUGGAUCCCGGCCCACCAGGGAAUUGAGGGUAAUGAGCGAGCGGACAUAGCAGCAAAGGAGGCAACUGGAUGGAGAUUGGUGCAGAAUAAUAGAGGAAGACAGGUUCCAUUGGAUAUGGACAGCACAGCUCCAAGACUAGUUGGGCUCCAGCAACCUUUGUCAGCGCUCAAGAGAGACUUAAAGACCCUAGCUUAUAAACAGUGGGAACAGAACUGGCAACAGAAUCAACAAGGCCGUACUCUCUUCCGGGUCGUGGAUAAACCAUCAAAGAAGAAUAUAGAGCUUCACACCAGACUUAGCAGGCCUCUAUCAUCUAUCCUAACACAGAUGCGGACAGGUAAUAUCAGCCUGCGGCAUUUCCUAUACAAAAGAAAGAUUCCGGGAAUCGACAACGGAGAAUGCCAGUGCCAACGUGGAGCACAAACAGUCACACAUAUCUUACUGAGCUGUCCCAGGUUCAAGGAGGAGCGUAACGCGUGGAAGAAUGAGAGGACAUAG